CUAUGAUUCAUGAAGGAAUUGCUAAUUCAGUUGAUACUGAAGUUGUUUAUGUGGAGAAAUUUUCAGCGGAGAGUAGGGGGAAGAAAGGUGCUGAAGGAGUGUUGAAGGAUUUUAAAGCUGGUCUUAGAAACUAUAAAUGCUUUAAUGACAAUGAAGAGGCAUCAACCUAGAAAAUGCACUAAAAUUCCAAAGCAAACUGAUUUGCUGAGAGUUCCCUCAAAGAGAAGAUCAAAGAAAUUAAAUUUAAAAGAAGAUUCUAAAAGUAAUCUUUCAACUGGUGAGGAUGUGUUAUCAAACUACAACCCGAUGAGGUACAGGAGCAUCACUUCGCAGAGCAGACUGAGCCAUGGAAGUAGGUUUUACUUGUCAGACUCGAAGAAAGGGAAAGAUAGGCUGGAAGAAGUCAAGCAGCCGGUGUCUGUCCGGUCCCGACUCAACCCACGUGGGCAGCUGGUUUCAAAUUCGUUCAACACUGUGCUUUAUAAGUCCAGAGAGAGAGCUCUUCAGAGCUCUGAUAGAAAACCAACCAGAGUAACUUCUAGGGAGACCGGUGAGGUUAAACAUGCUCGUAAGCGGAGUGCUAUUGAUAAGACCAAGAUCUCUCCAGUGAAAUCUACUAGAAAUUUCGAUCUUAGCUACGGCACUCAUCGUUUUGGCUCCCGAUGGCCUGAUACAGGGAAAAUGACAAGCGAAGAAAUUAAAUAAGGCUUUUGAAAAUUUACUCAGUCAUGCCAAGGUUACUGAGGACCGAAUGCGGGAAAUCCUUGAGAAUGAUCAAAUAAGUGACGACCACGUCGAGGAUAGCACUGAUGAGAGAUGCACCAAAGCGAAUUCUGCUCGAAAAAUAGUAGCUAACCGAGAGAAGAAAUUGAUAUUUAGCCAUGUAAAAGGCCAAACAUCAUCAAAGGAGGAUUCUACCUCAACUCAAGAACUACAAGAGCAAUCAAAUUUUGUAAACCCACUGUGUUCAACAAUUGAGAAGGAGCCAAAUAACUGAAAACUGAAUGUAUCAAGCCAAUUCAACAAAGGGCAAUUUACAUCGUUUAAUACGUGACUAACAGGAGGUCCUCAGAUGGUUAAUAAAUCUACUAACACGGAAAGGCAACCCAAGGGAGUGAAAUUACUGAAGAAAGAAUUACGCCAGUGAUCCAAGGCCCUUCAAAACUCUAUACAAAUUUCAUCAGAUUUGUUAAAGGAAGUUCACAGGUUAGAUGAUGCAGUCAGUGAAGCUUCCUACGACCUAAAAAAAACAAAUGAGAAGAAUAAGGAACUAGCUUUAGAGAAUGAGGAGCUGCGAAAAAGAUUGCUCAAGUAUGAAUCAUCAUCCUCAGAUUUUCAUGAAGCAUAAGUAAGUUUUGGCUUCAAUCAUAAUCUGCUUGAAAUCAAAGGGUACUGAGAGUUACCAUAGUGG